AUUUAAGUUUGUAAUAGAAGGAGCACUAAAUAGAAAACCAUGCGACCCAAAAUAUUUUCAGCCUUUCAAGUUUUGGCCAAACGGAAGUAGCGAAUGUGUAUUUGUAAAAUCAAGUUGUAAUGGAGAAGGACAAGUCGUUGUUUUCAAUGGUAACUCUACAUCUGACAGCAGUUGUCGAUGUGACUAUACAAAAGGUUAUGAUUUUGUACAUAAACCAAGUCAGGGGUGUUUAUGUAACCCUGAAUACGAAGACUGUUCGUGUUACUACAAAUUAUGUAAAAUCGGGUUUCACUUAUCACCAGAUUACAAUUGUAUUGGCAGAUCUGACUGGACUGGAAACUUUCACUGUCCAGUGAUUAACACGUCAAUAAUGGUACAUUUACAAAGGACGGAUCUUGAUAUAAAAAUGAUGUCUGAAGAAAGAACAACUGUGAAAGACAUUUGGGCGGAUGCCAUGAAAAACAAGGCAUAUCUCAUUGUUGGGGCAAUUGUUCUGAGUGUCUUGGGUGCAUUAAUUUCCUAUUUUAUGGAAAAAUGUUGCAUUACCUUACGUGACUAUUGCAGAAGAUUUUUAGAAUAUGAAAUGAUGGACAAAACAGAUGACACUACUGAAAAAAAAUGUGACGACACUUCAAUGAAAGGAAUGACAUUAGCGGUACCAGUACGCGACGGAAAUGACACAACGUCCACUGCAAGUAGUAAAGCAGAAAGUACAGACAACGAUUAUACUCCCCAAGACGACAAGGACCUGAUCAACAAAUACAUACAAGAAUGGAGUCGUGAUAACAAAUAUUUCGUUGAAACAAAUACUUCCAAGCAUGUAAUGGAAAAGAUUAAAAAAUCAAAUUGUAUACUUUUAGUGGGAGGUACCGGUGAGGGAAAAUCAUCCAUUAUCAGACAUAUUGCAUUGAAGCUAAAGAAAGAUGAGGGAUACACAAUUGUUCCCGUUGUUUUAGAACCUGCAACCCUCAAAACUUCAUUUUGUCAAAAACAACACCAGGUUUUUGUUAUUGACGACUUUUGCGGCAGAGAUAAAAUAUGCCAGCCAUACAUCGAUUUAUGGUCAUUGCAAGAACAUGUUAAUUUCUUUGAAAAAUUAAUUCAAUCUAAUAAACAAAGUAGAAAUUGGAAAACAAGAAAAGGACCUGUAAAGGUAUUAAUGGCAUGCAAUGCAAACAUCUUCGAAGAGCCUUCUUUUUCACGACUCGAGUCAUAUAAAAAAUAUUCAUGUUUUUUAUGUGACUAUCCAUUAUCAGAAGAAGACAGGAGUCUGAUAAUGAAAAAAUAUGUUUUGCCUGACACUGAAAGUACAAUUUCGGAUGAGUUUAGUUUUCCUUUAAUGUGCAAACUGUCACAUGGGAAAUCAGCAGAUCAAUUAUUAAAAUUUGUUGAAGAUCCAAUACAGAGCAUAAGAGACGAUCUCAUAAAGAUGAGAGAUCAACAUACUACACAAUUUUGCGUAAUGACUUUACUUAUUUUGUUACACAAUUGCAUGAAAGAAGACUGGCUUGAUUUAAACAUUGAAAACUUCCAGGGUGAAGUCUCUAAGGCAGUAAUUAAUGUUUGUUCUGAGUUUAGUAUUGACUUCCUAAAAGAUUCUUCCAGAAAGCGCAUUAAAGAAACUAUUUCCAUUUUAGAGAGAACAUAUCUUUCGAAAACUGGGAACAAAUAUAAUAUCAUUCAUCCUAAAAUAUAUGAUGUAGCUGCAUCAUUGUGUGGCCAGUGUUUCUUUGAUUGUUUCCUCAACCAUGCUUCCAGUGAGUUUAUAGCUGACAGAUACCAGUUAGAGUCAGAUGAAUUUAAAUCACAAAGCAACGUUAUCUACAUAAACCCAGAUAAACAGAAGAGAUAUUUUGAUAGAUUAAUCAAAGAUUUGGAAGCAGGUGACACUUACAGUUUCCUCCAUAACAAACAACUCCACAGCGAAAAGUAUCGAUUAUUGUUUAUCGAAUAUUGUAACGACAGAAAGCCAAAAAUAACGGAUCUUUUAACGAAAGUAUCCAAAAAUAUGGAUCAAGAUGUAACUAUUGUUGAAUUACGAGAACAUAGAUUGAUGGAUAAAGUAACUGGUGAUGAUAUGUAUUACAUUAACCUUCAAAAGAAGCAUAGUUAUACAAUUACGUCGGUGAAAAUUCCACUCAUUGAAUCCAUUUUAGAAGGUCAUGAUGAUAUAGUUAAUUUGUUGCUUGAAAUGAACUGUGAUAUCAACGAAAGGGAUUUUUCAGGCAGGUCAGCUUUAUAUGUGGCCGCUUUAUUUGAUAAUGUUAAGAUUGUUAAACGCAUUCUAGACGAUGAAAAUAUUGAUCCAUCCAUUUGUGACCAUAAAGGACGUUCUGCGUUGCAUGCCGCGUGUCAAGAGGGAAAUUUUACUAUCAUAAAACUUCUUCGCGAAAAAAUUGACCGUACACUUUGUGACAAGGAUGGAAUAACACCGCUUCAUGUUGCAUCAGAAGGACGUCAUACAAGCACUUUGAAAGAAUUGUUGGAAAUAGAUAUCAACACACAUAAACAGGGUGAAACAAAUGAAGAAAUGAACAAGCUCGACAAUUUAGGAAGGACUCCUUUAUUCGUAGCCGCCGCUAAGGGUAGUAUGACAGGAGUGAAAAUUUUAAUCGAGAAUGGCGCAGACUUCGAGAUAAGUGAUAAACAAGGACGGACACCUCUUUAUGCAGCUUGUGAUUCUAAUCAAAUAAAUGUUGUCAAGUUGUUAAUAAAAAAGGGAGCACUUGUUAACAAAUGCGACAAUGAAGGAAGAUCACCGAUUUUAAUCUCUGCAAGUCAAGGGUAUAAUUCAAUAGUCUUAAACUUGAUGCGAAAUGGCGCAGAUGUUGGAAAAGUUGAUUGGAAUGGACGGUCACCUUUGUACAUGGGUUGCAAAGGAGGAUUCGACGACGUAGUAAAGUCACUUUUGAAAAUUAAAAGAACAGUGAAUCAAUGCGGCGAAAAUGGCAAAUCACCAUUACAUGUAGCAAGCGAAAAUGGAUAUACUAACAUUGUUCGUGCUUUACUGUGCAACGAAGCCGAUGUAAAUAGUGUUGACAUAUAUGGUCGGUCUGCUUUAUACCUGUGUUGCAAAGAGGGACAAACUAAGACUGCGAAAGAAUUGCUGAAAACAAAAAAACUGAAUAUCAAUAUGCGAAAUGACAGGAACAAGUAUUCUCCCCUGUACAUUUCUUGCCUUAAAGGUUAUAAAGAAGUUGUAAGUAUGCUUCUUGAAAAUGGGGCUAAUAUAUCAGUUCGUAACAAAUGGGGCAGAUCGCCAUUGCACGCUGCCUGUAGAGACGGAAAUAUUGCAAUUGUAUCCCUUCUUCUACAGAAAAAUGCAAACAUUGAUGAAACUGACAAUCUUGGAGCUUCAUCUUUAUAUAUUGCUAGUGAAGAUGGCAAUACAGAAAUAGUCAAGUUGCUCUUAAUGUACGAUGCUAAUACAUCUCUUUGCGAUGAUGAACUACGAUCCCCUUUACAUGCUGCUUGUAAGAGUGGACAUAAAGACAUAAUACGAAUAUUGCUGGAAAAAUCUCCUAGUCUAGCACAAAAAAAAGAUAAUUAUGGUCAAACGCCUAGCGAAAUAGCUACAAAAAUGGGUUAUCAUGGGAUUUCUGAACUUUAAAAGACGGAAUAAGGUUAUUUUUAGUUUCAUUUGAUGAUCAAAAAGUGUUUUUUUCAUACCUUCUCAAAGCUAUUUUUGUUUCAGCUGAAGUAUAUAUUGAGAAUGAAAGGCACGUUGAGCAAUAAUGAUGUUUUUUUUCCUUAUGUUUUUAUCUAUAAUUCAUUCAUGGCAGCAAAAUUGUUAUUUUGUCGAAAUUCCGAUCUGGUGCAAUAGAAUUGAUACCGUUUACUGUUAUAAAGAAGUGCAAAUGGAAUGAAAAUGAAAUAUAUUGGAUACAAGACUUGAGCUUCAUUUUAUGGUGCAUAUGAAAUAAAAUACUUGCGUCAUACUGCAGUUUUACCUUUGAUCGUCAUACCAAUAAAGGGACUAAGUUCAGCCCAUGUCUGAGACUUGAUAUUGAUGUGACGAUUACUGGAUUCCACCGUUGACUAUACUAGGUUAACAUCGAAUUUUUUCCCGAAAAGCACCCAUAGGAAGACAAAAACAGACAAAAUUGGCACACUUCUUUCAUAAUAGUCAGAAUCAAAGAUUGCAAUAAUGUAAAUCUUGACACUACAGUCGUCAAUGAAAAUUGUAUGGCCAAAUAUUCCUGAAGGCUUUGCAUUUCUUAAUCCUGUCCAGCAUUUGAAUACAUCGAGUUUCCAAGUAUAGCAGUAUAUUACAUUCAACUGGUUCUUUACAUACAAAGGACAUAACCAUGAUGAUGUUUUUUACUGUGUAAUCUUGUAUGUACAUGUUGUUUUUAAACUUGAUCGAAAAAAACAGAAUGAGUGUCGCAUACUAACAAACCACUACACGUAAAUGGUCCUAUGGCAAGUCAGAAUGCCAUCAGCGUUUAUCCGUGUCUUUAUCUUUGUUUUGUUUUUUUGUUUCUUAAAGGAGAUCUUUGGUAUGAUCUGUUAAAUAUAUUACCUGGGCUAGAAACGAUUUAGAGCAUGACAUUUGGAAAACAAAACAUUUGUCUAUUGAAA